CGAGCCGGGAGUGUCGUGCGUAUAGUGUCCAAGGAAUCGCAGGCGAGCAUAUCGUCAGUUACUAAGUUAUUCAAGAUGUAUAUACAUUAGAUAUUAAAAUUUAUAAAACACGUGUUUAUAUUUCCAAGUCAUAGUGUACUCAGUUUUGUCAGUGAAGGUGAUGUGAGGGUAAAUCUCCGCGGGGGUUGCCGGGUUUAAUGCCAAGGGAGGACCCGUGCGAUGGAAGGGGGAUAAUGCUUCGGCUUUGCAGUUUUUGGGCGCUUCACACUCUUCUGUCUGUUUGCUCGGCGGAUAAUUUGGCUCUGUUGUCCAACUCUCUGAAGACGUUCCAGCGUGCAGUGUGUGACGAUCAGCUGAUGGUUCUCCAGUGCCCUCCUCGCACCAGCAUCGUCGUCCAGGUCGCCCAGUACGGCAAAAGCAACGGCACCAACUGUCCGGACGGUCGCCAAGAGUGGAACAUGACCUGUACCUGGCCCAGCGGACUUCAGUACUCUCUGCUACAAUCAGUUGUGGAGGCGUGCCACAAGAGACGACUUUGCAGGUUCCACGCUACGCCAAGCCCUGACCCUUGCCCGUGGUUGAGGAACUUCGUGGAAGUUGCCUACAAGUGUCGCCCUUAUGAAUUUAGAAGCAAGAUGGCUUGUGAGAAUGAGAUAGUUCAGUUGAGCUGUGGUCCAAACUCUAGGAUAGCCAUAUACUCGGCGAGCUUUGGCAGAACCGAGUAUGAAAGUGUCUCAUGUCCACAGCCUCCCGGGAUACCCGAAGAAACCUGCCUAGCGAUGUAUACUACAGAAACGGUAAUGAGGCUGUGUCAUGGAAGAAGAAAAUGUUCUUUAUCAGCUGAUACCGGGACUCUGGGUAAACCCUGUGGUCACCAGACAAGAAUGUACCUCAAAGUAGUGUAUACUUGUGCCCCAAGAAAGGUGCUUCUAGAUCAGUUCGUAGACGCCACCCUACCUGAGGAUGAAGUCUUGGACCCAGAGUAUGACUACGAAGAUCCCUUAGUGGAGAGUGAGUCAUACAGUGAGUGGCCCAACCUAGCGGGGAGAAGAGAGAACUACACUACAGCUCUACCCUAUACCCCAGCCAGCCCACACGCCCACCGGGAGAAGAGCAAUGAGGGAAAAGAGCGCCUCCUCUAUCUACUCCUGGGCCUUACACUUCUUCUGUCCUCCACCCUAGCAGUGGUUACCGUCUGGCUCCUCUGGCAACGUAAACAGUUCCAGGCAGGAGCCUCCAACCCCGCUGCAUCCAAGGUGUUCGCCGCCGAGGUGUGUCAGGUAGACACGGGUAUGGACCUGAUCAACAUUACACCAACAUCCGUCACAAUCGUAGCUGGGCCUCAUCAUGUCUACCCCCCAGAGGAGAUUCUUACAUACUCCUGUGAAGAAGAAGCAGAGGCCAUGGCCACUGUCGGAGUCAGUCGAAGCACACAGAGUAGUUACUACUACGGAUGACAAUCGCCCGUGGUAGAACCUAGAGCUAUGACGUCAUCAAGGUCAGCGACCUCUGAAGCAAGGACCUACUGCUUCUAACAUCCACCGACCUCGGAGUCUCAGGGUGUAGUGACGUCAGAGUGGACGACAUGAUGGACCAGGAAGUGAUAACUCGGAACAAUAUACUGUGAUAGAGCUUACUGCAACGCGCAAAAAUAUGUUCGUCCCGGAUUUGGAAGGAAUGUCCUUAACACGUUCGAUGCCUACCAGCCACUUUCUAUGUAUGACGGGCUUUGUGAGAUCUGGUAGUGAAUGUGUUAAAUCAUGUGAAAUUAUCAUCAAAAACUCACUCUUCGUGACCCGAUGACAUAAUUCUGUUUAAAAUCAUGGUAAACUCUGUACUAACUAAAUUCCAUCUACAAUUAACACGAUGUAAGCAAACGUUGCCAUUUUUAGAUUAACUGUUCUAAAUCCAUUUUCAAAGGGUACUCAGUUGUCAUCAAAUUAAAUUUUUACUAAAAAGCUAAACAUUAUUUUUUUAUUCAACCACAAAUAUGUAAACCCAUACACUUUAUAAUAAAUUAAUCAAGAGAAAUGCACUUAACAAAUACCAAAAUGGCAAUUUAGCCUAUACAGUUUAAUCUAAAGUGAACUGUAUUUGGCCUUCUAAUGGAACAUGUUUUAUGAAGAGUCUAAUAGACCCAAGACAACAUAAAAUUGAUGAAACUAAUUUUACAUUAUACGUUAGGGAAAUUACUUGUGUUAGCAUUGGAGGUCAAAUUUCUUUGUGGGCGUUAAAAAACACACACACAUAAGGAUUUAAUAUUAAUAAUUUACUUGGUCCCAAACACCAAUCAGAUCAUCUUGUCAUGACAAUGGAAGGAUCGUUUACUGUAUAUAUUGUAUAGCUUGUAAUAAAAAAAGACUGUUCGGAUUUUUAUAUAUAAUUAUAUAUAGUAUAUUCAGUUUUGUUUGUAAUGACAUCUAUAAUACUGAAAAAUAGGUUGAUCAAAUCAACUCGUUGUUCGAAAGUGAUAUGUUUUGUUUAUUGUUAAAGAAAGUAAACGG